AUGACGACUUCGAACUUGCAUAAUUUCCAUGCAGCUGAUUAUGCAGUUUUUGGCGGCAUGUUACUUAUUUCAAUGGGAAUUGGGAUUUAUCAUGCAUGUGCAGGAGGAAAACAAAAAAGCACAAAAGAAUUUCUGAUGGCCAAUCAAAGUAUGAGAUCACUACCUGUUGCACUGUCUGUGCUUGCAAGUUUCUUUUCAGCAUCAACUCUACUCGGAACACCAGCUGAAAUUUACGAGUAUGGUACGCAAUACUGGAUUUCUGUCUUCGGAGCUAUGUUAGCUCCUGUGACUGGAGCACUUCUAUUUGGACCAAUGUUUUUUAAGUUGAAAGUUGUUAGUGUUUUUCAAUAUUUGGAAGAAAGAUUUCAAUCUAAAUCUGUACGUUUAUUUGGUGCCUUUAUUUUCCUUGUUAGAACUAUCAUUGGUAUGGGCAUUGUCCUUUAUGGUCCAUCAACCGCAUUAAGUGCCGUGACAUCAUUUCCAGAAUGGGCAGUAAUCUUAGUUGUUGGUGGAGUCUGCACAUUUUACACUACUAUUGGUGGGUUAAAGGCGGUUAUUUGGACAGAUGUAUUUCAGACCUUAGUAAUGUUGGCGGGAAUGCUCGCAGUGAUAAUCAAGGGUUCCAUUGAAGUUGGAGGCGGAUAUGAGUUAUGGAAUAUCGCCGACAGAGGGAACAGAAUAGAGUUUUUUAGAUUUGAUCUUGAUCCACAUGUAAGACACACCUUCUGGGCUUUAACCAUCGGUAUUUACUUUGUUUGGCUGGCACCGUACACUGUUGAUCAACAAAUGGUACAAAGAUUUUCUUCGGCGCGGUCCUUAAAAGAUGCAAAAACGGCCUUGCUUCUCAAUGUACCUUUUAUGUUCAUCUUGAUAACACUGUGUUCAUUUACUGGUUUAGUUAUGUUUGCCUUCUAUGCUGACUGUGAUCCACUCAAGACUCACGACGCCGAUAAUCCUAACCAGCUUCUGCCUCUUUUCGUUGUGGAACUGUUUAGGGAUGUUCCUGGAAUACCUGGUCUGUUUGUUGCAUGUCUGUUUAGUGGAGCAAUGAGUUCAAUAUCAUCCAUGUUAAACUCAUUAUCUGCUGUCACAUGGGAAGACUUUCUCAAGUUGAAAUUCUACAAGGUGUCUGAUGAGAGAGCCACGUUUGUCACUAAAUGUCUUGUAUUAUUGUUCGGGUGCUUAGGUAUAGGUAUGGCAUUUGCUGUUAGCCACAUGGGCGGUUCUGUAUUACAGGCAUCAAUAACUCUGAACGGAGCUGCUGGUGCUCCAUUGGUUGGACUGUUUAUACUAGGAUCAUGCUUUACUUCAUCGAAUUGGAUAGGCGCACUAAUUGGUGGAAUCGUUGGUUUCGCUUUUCCUAUGUGGUGUGGAAUCGGAAAGUAUACAAACGAUCCCCAAAACUUUAAGUUAUCAACAUCAACUGAAGGAUGCAAUGUGACAGCUUUGAACGGCUCCGUCUUUGGGGUUGUAAAUGAUCCACUACCCAAUGAAUUGGAAUUGGACGGUCUUCAGAAAUUAUAUGGUCUGUCCUACAUUUGGUUCAGUAGUAUAGGUAUCUUAAUUGUAGUUGUUGUUGGAUUGUUAGUCAGCUUUAUAACAGGGCCUACGGAGCAUGUAGAUGAAAACUUGCAACUGCAUUUCUGGCAAAAAUUCGUUUACUGUCUGUGUCCAGUGAUGGGAUCUACUAAAAAAGAAAAACAAAUGAAACAGUUUCUUGAAAACUUGAAAAACGCACCAUCCUUAGACAUCCUGCAAACUAAGAAACCUAUCUCAACAGUAAUGAUAGAUACUAAUACAAGCACUUUGGUGCUACAAAAUGGUACAACCGGUACAUCAAUAGAAAAUACUUUGUCAGCAGAAAAUGAAAACGAUGCAGACGAUUUGGAAAUAGGUCUUAGCACAAAUACAAACGAACAGAUCGAUGACAGCAGGGAUAUGAAUAUCUCCGAAAAACAACCGAACGGCGCCACCAAUAAUGUAUCUUCCUCCGGUAAUAAUGAGUAUAACACAACUUAUACAGAGACAGACAAACAAUCAGAUACAAAUGAAACUGAGGAAGUCACUCAUGGACAUGACGAAUCAGUGAUAAACAAUAUCGUUACUACCAGUGAUGUAAAUGAUAUUAUAGAUGAUAUUGAUAUUGUUGUAUCAGAAGCUGAAGAAACAAAAAGAGAAUGAAGCGAGGAUAAUGUCGGUAGUGGUGACAAUGAGAACAAAUUAUAGAGAAUACAUAUGGUUCAGACAACUAAGUAGGAUAGUUCAGAAAACUGAGUAGGAUGCGCUAGCUUUAAUAAAGAAAAAUUAAACAACAUUUGUUAGCUAUAAACAGUAAAAGAAAUUUUAUGAUAUUUAUCCUGCUUCUUAUGACUUGAAAAGUCCGAUGUAAUGGGAAUACAUAACUGAUGUAUUCAUAAACAACUAUAAAUUCAAAAUAUACAUGUUUUAUUUUGUAAAUGUGACCCCCAACUUGUAACACUUUCGCAAUAGUUAAUAAAUAAAUAAAUAAAGUAUUGUUAGUUUGUAAGUCUACAGUUUACAAACUUUAACAGUAUUUUGUGGGUAUUACGGGAUGUGUGUGUCACUUCGUGAUAAAUUAUCCACUUUCAAGAUUUUGUUUUAAAUAAGAGUUUUAGAAGAAGAGAGACAUAAGAUACCGAAGGGAUAUAUAAAUUCAUAAGCCGAUAACAAACUUACAAUUCCAUGGCAAAAAAAGCUGUUUCAACCAAUAGACAAGCAACAGUACACAAAACAUAACAGUUAACCAAAGACUGAGCAACA